CUCUCCAUCUCGCUUCACCUCUCUCUCCACCUCUUGCCAUUCCUACCUGUACUCCUUGAGACAGAUCUGGCAGAAGGCAGCCCACGGACACUUCUACCGCUACCUCUUCGCUCUCUUCGGCUUUCUUAUCGUUUGGCGUUUUUCUCUUCCCUUGAAGUUCUCAAUCGUUGCUGCUGCACGCGUACAACAAACACGACCACACCUUUCUCAGAAAGGCCUUUGAGCAAGAGCAAUCAUGUGUGGAAUCUUCGCGUACAUCAACCACCUGGUCGAGAAGGACCGCCGCCAGGUCAUUGAGGCGCUCGUUGGAGGCCUGGCCAGGCUCGAAUACCGCGGCUAUGACAGUGCUGGUAUCGCCGUCGAUGGCGACUCUGAGAAGGACGUCAUGAUUUUCAAGCAGGUCGGCAAGGUCGGCGCGCUGCGGAAGCACAUUGCCGAGUCGCCCAUCGACUUCAACAAGACGUUCAUCUCCCAGGUCGGCAUGGCGCACACUAGGUGGGCCACCCACGGCCAGCCUUCGCCGUUGAACUGCCACCCUCACCGAUCGGACCCCACCAAUGAGUUCACUGUUGUCCACAAUGGUAUCAUUACAAACUACCGCGAGCUCAAGCUCGUCCUCGGCAAGAGAGGAUUCCAAUUCGAGACGGAGACAGACACGGAGAGUGUCGCGGUACUUUGCAAGUACCUCUACGACUCCGCCCAGGGCAGGAAGCCCGAUUUUACGUCGCUCAUCAAGAGCGUCAUCAAGGAGCUGGAGGGCGCCUUUUCGUUUGUGUUCAAGUCUGUCCACUACCCAGGCGAGCUCGUCGCCGCCAGGCGUGGUUCGCCCCUUCUGAUCGGUGUCAAGACAGAGAAGAAGCUCAAGGUUGACUUUGUCGACGUCGAGAUUGGCACGGCCCCCGAUGCCGAAGAGUCGAUCGGCGGCAUGACCAACGCGCCAUCCGCCGGACUCCUCGCCCCGCCCGGUGGGCAGCCAGCCGGUCCUGGCUCCCUACAGGUGCCCAACGCCAACAACAAGCUCAUCCGUUCCCAGUCUCGCGCCUUCCUCUCCGAAGACGGCCUGCCCCAGCCAAUCGAAUACUUCAUUGCGUCGGACGCGAGCGCAAUUAUCGAGCACACCAAGCGUGUCCUCUACCUCGAAGACGACGACAUUGCUCACAUCUCCGAGGGCGAGCUGCACAUCCAUCGUCUGCGCCGCAACGAUGGGCUCUCGUCGAUGCGGUCUAUCGAGACGCUCGAGAUGGAGCUGGCCGAGAUCAUGAAGGGCCAAUUUGACUCGUUCAUGCAGAAGGAAAUCUUCGAACAGCCCGAGUCGGUCGUCAACACGAUGCGUGGUCGUGUCAACUUUGACACUCGCCAGGUCAAGCUUGGCGGUCUGACUGCAUUCCUGGCCACAAUUCGCCGAUGCCGACGCAUCGUCUUCUGUGCCUGCGGAACAAGCUACCACUCCUGCCUGGCCACACGCGCCAUCUUUGAGGAGCUGACUGAGAUCCCUGUUUCGAUCGAGCUGGCCUCGGACUUCCUCGACCGCAGAACGCCCAUCUACCGAGACGACGUCUGCGUCUUUGUCAGCCAGUCUGGUGAGACGGCUGAUUCGAUCUUGGCGCUGAGGUACUGCCUCGAGCGUGGUGCCCUCUGCCUGGGUGUUGUCAACACUGUCGGCUCCACCAUCUCGCGCGAGACCCACUGCGGUAUCCACAUUAACGCUGGUCCCGAAAUUGGUGUUGCCUCGACCAAGGCCUACACGUCCCAGUACAUUGCCCUCGUCAUGAUGGCCGUCCAGCUGUCUGAGGACCGAAUCUCGAUGACAGAGAGACGCAACUCAAUCAUCGACGGUCUCCAUGACCUCCCCGAGCAAAUUCGCUCCAUCCUUGCCCAGGACAAGGCCCUCCAGACGCUGGCUCACGGCACCUUGGCCAAGGAGCGAUCGCUGCUCAUCAUGGGACGUGGUUACCAACACGCAACGUGCCUCGAGGGUGCCCUCAAGAUCAAGGAGAUCUGCUACAUGCACUCGGAGGGAAUCUUGGCCGGCGAGCUCAAGCACGGCCCAUUGGCUCUCAUCGACGAGUCGAUGCCUGUCAUCCUCAUCAUGACCAAGGACUCGCUCUACCCCAAGGUGCAGACGGCGCUCAUGCAGGUCACUGCGCGAAAGGGGCAGCCCAUCAUCAUCUGCAACGACGAUGACAAGGACAUCAACGCCAGCGCAAAGACGAUCAGGGUACCCCGGACUGUCGACUGCCUCCAGGGCCUCUUGACCGUCAUUCCGCUCCAGAUCCUCUCCUACCACCUCGCUACGGCCGCCGGCGUGGACGUCGACUUCCCGCGCAACCUGGCCAAGAGCGUUACAGUCGAGUGAGGAAAAGGGGGCAAACGAUGGAAAAUGGCGACGGAAAAGGAGGGAAAUCUCAGGACUUCGAACAACGACACUUUCAGCGCAAAUUCUUCUUUUGAUAGAUACGGCCUCUCCAAUCCCUUCCACCCCCAACUGACAAAUUCGCUCUCCUCCUGAUCUCUGGAAUCUUUUCCCUCUUCUUGUCUUCUACUAUCCAACUCUCUGUCUCUUUCCUUAUCUCUUCUCUGUCUCUCUCGUGUCCUCUCCUGUUUUCGUUUCCUGAAAUCAUCG